CUUUGUUAUUCUGCAUAUGGAAAACGGACAAAAUUGAAAAUUGUGUACUCUGUUGUGUUGACUUAAUGACUUGGUCUUUUUUGACAACAGACUUGUUUAUUUGACUUAUAGAAUAACACUGAAACUUUAAUCAUCGUAUUGGUUACAAAUCAUUAUUAUCCAGGUUCUCUCUUUCUCUGCAACUGCAUCCUCCUCUCACACUUAAAUAACGAUUCCACUUUUUAAUAUGCACUACUGACUGAGUCUCAAAACCUGAAACCAAUCUCGUAGCAAUGGAGACUCAUCACAACAGCUGUUUCACCAACUUGGACGAUUCCUCUGCUUUCAGUGAUUGUAACAGCGACAGAUCCGGAGAGUUUCAAACAACUUCAUCCGAGAGCCUACGACGACGACUCUUCCUCUCUAGCGCCAAUGACAACUCCUCUGACGAUUUGAUCAGAUACCUCAUAACGCAUCUCGAGUUAUCAUCAUGUUCCGUAGAAGAACAGAAGCGAGCUGCUAUGGAGAUUAGAAUCUUAUCAAAGAACAAACCAGAGAACCGUAUCAAACUCGCUAAAGCAGGUGCGAUCGAACCGUUGGUUUCUCUCAUCUCUUCUUCUGAUCCUCAGCUUCAAGAAUACGGAGUCACUGCAGUUUUGAAUCUCUCAAUCUGCGACGAGAACAAAGAGAUGAUUGUUUCUUCCGGUGCAAUUAAACCUCUCGUUAACGCUUUGAGAUUAGGAACACCUACGAGUAAAGAGAACGCUGCUUGUGCUCUGCUCCGGUUAUCUCAGUCGGAGGAUAACAACAAAACCGCCAUCGGAAGAUCCGGUGCGAUUCCUCUGCUCGUAAACCUUCUAGAAACUGGAGGGUUCAGAGCCAAGAAAGACGCGUCUACAGCGUUGUACUCGUUGUGUUCAACUAAGGAGAACAAACUCAGAGCUGUGGAGUCUAGGGUUAUGAAACCGUUGGUUGAGUUGAUGGCGGAUUUUGAAUCGGAGAUGGUUGAUAAGUCCGCGUUUGUGAUGAACCUGUUGAUGUCGGAGCAAGAAUCUAAACCGGCGGUGGUGGAGGAAGGAGGUGUUCCGGUUCUUGUGGAGAUUGUUGAAGCGGGAACGCAGAGACAGAAGGAGAUGGCUGCGUCGAUAUUGUUGCAGCUCUGUGAGGAGAGUGUUGUGUAUCGAACCAUGGUGGCUCGUGAAGGUGCGGUUCCUCCGCUCGUGGCUUUAUCUCAGUGUAGGAGUAGCUCGAGUCGUGCUAAGCUCAAGGCUGAGGCUUUGAUUGACCUUCUUCGGCAACCUAGACAACAACAACAACAACAACUACGAGAACAAGACUUUGAGAGAUAACACUUAUUAUAUAUCUGGGCUUUUUAAUCAAUGGGCCUUUGUAUAAACACAUCCUUUUAUGGGCCUUGAGCAAUUUUUUCAUUUUUAAUUUUGUAAAAAUACAAAAAGUCAUGAGAUUUUCAUACUUUUUCAUACUUAAAAAU